AUGGAAGCCUCAUCUUCUGGAUCUACGAUUUCAUCAGUCACUGGUGGAAAAGCAAAAACCCAUCAGCCAGUAGCUAAGGAUGUCAACAUUUUUUUUGAUGAGUUAGAAGGUGUAAACAGCCCUUCCAAAGAUGAUGAUUCCCUGCUUCACCAUGGUAACUUGACCAGUACUUCUGAUGAUGCCAGCAGGCUGGAAGUUGUGGGAGAGGAAGUACCUGAUAAGAACAAAACCAACGGACUAUAUUUUAGAGAUGGGAAAUGUCGGAUUGACUACAUCCUUGUGUAUAGAAAAUCCAAUCCACAGACAGAGAAGAGGGAAGUAUUUGAAAGAAAUAUCAGAGCAGAAGGACUUCAAAUGGAAAAAGAAUCAUCCCUAACAAACAGUGACAUCAUCUUUGUGAAACUGCAUGCCCCUUGGGAGGUCCUGGGCAAAUAUGCUGAACUAAUGAAUGUAAGAAUGCCUUUCAGGAGAAAAAUCUAUUACCUGCAUCGCCGAUACAAGUUCAUGAAUAGGAUCGAGAAACAGAUAAGCAGGUUCCGAGGAUGGUUACCCAGAAAGCCAAUGAAACUGGAUAAGGAAACACUGCCAGAUCUGGAGGAGAAUGACUGCUAUACUGCUCCAUUCAGCCAACAAAGGAUCCAUCACUUCAUAAUACACAACAAAGAUACUUUCUUCAACAAUGCUACAAGAAGUAGAAUUGUACACCAUAUCUUACAAAGACUGAAAUAUGAAGAAGGGAAAAACAAAAUUGGUCUGAAUCGAUUGCUCAGUAAUGGCUCCUAUGAAGCUGCAUUUCCUCUUCAUGAGGGAAGUUACAGAAGUAAGAAUUCAAUAAAAACCCAUGGGGCAGAAAACCACAGACACCUGCUCUAUGAGUGCUGGGCUUCCUGGGGAGUGUGGUAUAAAUACCAGCCAUUGGAUCUUGUAAGACGGUACUUUGGUGAGAAAAUUGGGCUGUACUUUGCCUGGUUAGGCUGGUACACAGGGAUGCUCUUCCCAGCUGCCUUCAUUGGAUUGUUUGUCUUUUUGUAUGGAGUCACCACUUUGAACCACUGCCAAGUCAGUAAAGAAGUCUGCCAAGCUACAGAUAUCAUUAUGUGUCCUAUAUGUGAUAAAUACUGCCCCUUCAUGAGGUUGUCGGACAGCUGCAUUUAUGCCAAGGUAACCCACCUUUUUGACAAUGGAGCUACUGUCUUUUUUGCUGUUUUCAUGGCAGUGUGGGCCACUGUUUUUCUGGAAUUUUGGAAAAGAAGGCGAGCUGUAAUUGCUUAUGAUUGGGACUUGAUAGACUGGGAAGAAGAAGAGGAGGAAAUACGUCCACAGUUCGAAGCCAAAUACUCCAAGAAAGAACGAAUGAACCCCAUAUCUGGGAAGCCAGAGCCUUAUCAAGCAUUUGCAGAUAAAUGCAGCAGACUCAUCGUUUCUGCAUCUGGAAUAUUUUUUAUGAUCUGCGUGGUGAUUGCUGCUGUUUUUGGCAUUGUUAUUUACCGUGUUGUGACUGUCAGCACUUUUGCUGCCUUUAAGUGGGCUUUAAUCAGGAAUAACUCUCAGGUUGCAACUACAGGGACUGCAGUGUGCAUCAACUUUUGCAUCAUCAUGCUACUGAAUGUGCUGUAUGAAAAGGUUGCUCUUUUCCUGACAAAUUUAGAGCAGCCUCGCACCGAAUCGGAGUGGGAGAACAGCUUCACUCUGAAAAUGUUUCUUUUUCAAUUUGUCAAUCUGAACAGCUCUACCUUUUAUAUAGCAUUCUUCCUUGGAAGAUUUACAGGACACCCUGGUGCCUACUUAAGGCUGAUAAACCGGUGGAGGCUGGAAGAGUGCCACCCUAGUGGAUGCCUUAUUGACCUCUGUAUGCAAAUGGGUAUUAUAAUGGUGUUAAAGCAGACAUGGAAUAAUUUCAUGGAAUUGGGAUAUCCGCUAAUUCAAAACUGGUGGACCAGGAGAAAACUACGGCAAGAGUACGGCACACAGGGAAAAACAAGCUUCCCACAGUGGGAAAAGGACUAUAAUCUGCAGCCUAUGAAUGCUUAUGGACUCUUUGAUGAAUACCUAGAAAUGAUUCUUCAGUUUGGGUUCACAACCAUUUUUGUGGCAGCUUUUCCACUGGCACCACUUCUGGCCUUACUAAACAAUAUUAUUGAAAUUCGGCUUGAUGCUUACAAAUUUGUUACUCAGUGGAGAAGACCUUUAGCAUCAAGAGCCAAAGAUAUAGGCAUCUGGUACGGGAUCCUGGAAGGAAUUGGAAUCCUUUCUGUUAUCACAAACGCAUUUGUUAUAGCAGUGACGUCAGAUUUCAUCCCUCGCCUUGUUUAUGCUUACAAAUACGGACCUUGUGCUGGCCAAGGAGAAGCAGGACAAAAGUGUAUGGUUGGCUACGUUAAUGCCAGUUUAUCAGUAUUUCUGGUGUCUGACUUUGAAAAUCGUUCAGAGCCAACAUCAAAUGGAAGUGAAUUCUCUGGUUCACCAUUAAAAUACUGCAGGUACAGGGACUACCGAGACCCUCCUCACUCCCCAGUGCCCUACGGUUACACACUGCAGUUCUGGCACGUCUUAGCAGCGCGCUUGGCUUUCAUCAUUGUCUUUGAGCAUCUUGUCUUUUGCAUAAAGAAUCUGAUCUCCUACUUAAUUCCAGAUCUUCCAAAAGAUCUGAGAGAUAGAAUGAGGCGAGAAAAGUAUCUGAUUCAGGAAAUGAUGUAUGAAGCUGAACUAGAACGUCUGCAAAAAGAGCGAAAGGAAAGGAAAAAGAAUGGAAAAUCUUAUCACAAUGAGUGGCCGUGA